UUCCAACUUCCAGGUGGAAAAUUGUGGCCUGUGUAUAGUCGGUAUUAAAAUGGCUGACAUCGCGGAUGGGAUUUUCCUAGGCUUGGAACUCGCACUUCGCUUACCAUGUCCUUCUCUCCACGAAAAACGCGUAACGCGACCGGUGCAAUCCGGAACCGAGCCAUUCCAGCUGCAGCAGCACGUCCAACGAAGAAAGGACGCGUCAUUUCGUUGUCAAAAGUUAACUCCAACAUAUCACCGGUACAGCGACUUCACGACCUCCUUACCGAUGCGUUGAAUACCGCAAAGUCACUCGAAAUGACUCCUGACAAUCACGUCGCCCUUCAAGAUGUCCGCCAAAUUGCUGUUUCACUUCUGGAUAUUCUUCCAGGGGACAAAAGAGCAGUUAGAGACCUCAAAUACGAGUUGCACGGUAUUUCUCUGACGUCGUUGUCAAAUGAGCUUGCCACAAGUGAAAAAUACGACCCGGAGGAUAGACAUGAUAAACAAGGCCCGCUGAUGGAUAGGAUCAUGAAGGAGCUCGCGAUGGCUGAAGAAAACGCAGACAUGGACCUUAUCCGCAGAUGUUUGAACCUUUACGUCUAUAAUCAAAGUCACUACGUUGUCGACUAUAUGGCUUGGAUGUGGAGAGAAUUCUUCGUAUUCUCAGCUAUCCGAGGUUGUCCAGUCUCGCCUAGUCAGGCCAUAAAGGAUGAUGAACUCUAUGAACAAGUAUUUCACCAUCUUUUCACCCUGUACACUAAAUUAGUAUCAGAUUAUCCUGACCGACUCUUCUUAGACAAGCCUUUCAUUCGAUACUCGGACGCGGCGGAAAUCCUGGCAGUAGUCUCCCAAACAGAAGAUAUCGUCCUUCUGCUCGAUUGCUUGACCAAGAAAAACUUUUACCCUUCACACCCCAGCCAUCCUCAUCUAUCCGACAAGAAACUUCGAACUCGUGCUCUCGAAGUCGUCGAGAAAGGGCUCAAGACGUCGAAACAGGACACGUUAGAUGCCGUGAACCAUCUGUUCCCAGGACUGGGUGAUGCACAACUCUGGCUUUGUCGCCUUCGAGAUGCCGGAGACUUUCCUUUUGACGACGACAUCCUCCACGAUAAAUAUAAAGAGCGGGAUGCAAACCUUUGUAACUUUGUCGAAUUGAAGAAGCCUGAGAUUCAGAGGGAGUUCGAUGUCGACGAUGAGGACGAUUAUCUUGAAGAGGUGCCUCAACUGUCGGAACGUGACUUGGAGCGGUCAAUCCAAGACUGGGCUCAAGUUUUGAGCGAAUGGCCUGAUCAGAAGGCAGCGGCGGAGAUGCGGAAUAGGGUCAGGUUUGAUGGCUCCGAGUUUUUGCUUUCUUCCGUGGAGGGUGCAGAGGAAGCGUUGAUGGACUGCAUACAGAAGGCCGAAGCGGUACAGAUAGAGAAGUGGCGCCAGGCCAAUCCUCCGGCUCCUCUGCCACCACCACGGCCAAAAUCGCAACCCCGGCCGCGUUUCUGGGGAAUUCCAGCGCCCAGUUACAGAUCCUACUAUGACUAUGACAAGUCUCCCAGUCGCGUGUACAGCUAUGUCACGGAUGGUUUGCAAGCACUGAUCAAGACGUUCGCUUGUCAAGACCAUCGUAGUUUGUGCAAAUAGAUUCGUAUGCAGUACUCUGGUUUCUUCCAUUCGUCAAUAUUUUGGUACGCAGAAUAUAGCUAAGUAGUAGAUUUGGCAUGGCUAUAAGUUAUGAAAAGGUUCAGUUUUGAUGUGGUCCCGCGGAGCCUUAGGCGCGACAGAGGAAGAAUCCCUUCACGAAGCUUGAACGAACAGAACAUGUCCUGACCGAGGAGAUGCAACCAAACGGACUGUCAUAACGGACCCUGCACAGAAACUGCCAUACUUGCCGCCAUUCAUGCUCAGAGCCGCACCUAGACGUCAG